AUGAUCGACUAUGAGUUUUAUUACGAGCAAUAUCGUCGGGAGCCGAGAAGGUCAACGGCUACUCAAAAAGAUCUAUUAGAUUAUCAUUCAGCUAUUUCAACUGCCACUUCCAAUAAUUGGUCACAACCUGUCAAACGAUCGCUUGCUACAACAUGUAUUGAUGGCAGUAAACUACCAAGUACAUAUGAGAAUCCUUAUCAAGUUAAAGAUUCGUUUCCGAAAGGGAAGUUUCGACGAAAACCGCUCGUCGCAUACGAAAAGAAAUCGCGAGAAGCAACAUCAAUCAUCGAUAGUAGACCAGUUGCAUCUGAAAAAAGCCGAACAUCGUUGUCAAUGACUCCAAAUCGGCCUGAUAUGACGCAAUCGAAGAGUACACCCAGUCGAAUUUCUAGUGCUUUUGUGUAUGACGAGAAGGAUAGCACUGCGAAGCUUUAUGGACGCCGUGCAACGGCACAUGCGAACGGUUGGGUACGUCGAUAUAAAUCAGUGAAUCAGUCCCAUGUAAUAACGAAUUUCCUACACGAUUUGGAACGACAUCAGAAACAUUUUUUCCGAAAGCGAACGUGUCAACCGCAACCAUCACCGUUCUCACCUUCAUCGUCCGCGUCAUCGUUCGAUCUGGACCUUCUGCUGAAUAAACGUAGACGAAAGAAAUGUUAA